AUGACGGUCAAGCGGCGCAAUGGAGGGCGCAACAAGCACGGGCGCGGGCACGUGAAGCCCAUUCGCUGCUCCAAUUGCGCCAAGUGCUGCCCCAAGGACAAGGCGGUGAAGCGCUUCCUGGUGCGCAACAUCGUGGAGCAGGCUGCCGUGCGCGACGUGCAGGAGGCGUGCGUCUAUGACGGCUACGCGCUGCCGAAGCUGUACGCGAAGGUGCAGUACUGCAUCUCGUGCGCCAUCCACUCGCACGUCGUGCGCGUGCGCUCGCGCCAGGCGCGCCGCAUCCGCGAGCCGCCCAAGAGGCCCGGGCGCAAGGACGACCGUGGCAAGCCAGGUGCUCCAGGUGCCCCAGGUGCCCGCCCAGGUGCCCCCGGUGCUGCUGGUGCCCCUGGGGCUGCUGGUGGUGCUCCCAGGACUUAG